AUGGAUGGCGAGACUUCAGAGGAUCAAUUUAAUGCUCCAAUAGACGGAUUUGUUGCUCAAGGAUGCAUUGGUGACUCAAAGAUAUUGAUAGAGAAUGAAAUUGCAUCAGAGGCAGCGAAGAGUGCUUGUGAGGAUGGGCCAAGAUGGGUCAGACUUGAUAAAAAGGCUAAAAAUAAGGUUGAAAAGAAGCUCACUGAGCAGAAACAAAACAAAAGUCAGGUUGACAAGAAGAAGCAAACCAAACUCGGUAUUGAAACGUCUAAAAACGAAAAUUACUCGGAUUGGUAUUCUCAGGUGAUAACAAAAGCCGAAAUGAUUGAAUAUUAUGAUGUAUCUGGAUGUUACGUUCUGCGUCCAUGGUCGUAUGCAAUAUGGGAGAUUAUCCAGGAAUGGUUUGAUGAAGAAAUCAAAAAACUUGGUGUUAAAAAUUGUUACUUUCCGAUGUUUGUAUCGCAGAGUGUUCUUGAACGUGAGAAAACUCAUAUCGCCGAUUUUGCACCCGAGGUAGCAUGGGUGACGAGGGCUGGUCAGUCGGAUUUGGCGGAACCGAUAGCAAUUCGUCCCACCAGUGAGACUGUCAUGUAUCCGAGCUAUGCAAAAUGGGUACAGUCACAUCGUGACCUACCAAUUCGUUUAAAUCAAUGGUGUAAUGUUGUGCGUUGGGAAUUCAAACACCCGACACCGUUUUUAAGAACGCGUGAAUUUCUGUGGCAAGAAGGCCAUACUGCAUUCCAAACCGCAGAAGAGGCCGAGAAGGAGGUGUUCCAGAUUUUGGAUUUAUACGCGCAAAUCUACACAGAUUUAUUGGCUAUACCUGUUAUAAAAGGACGCAAAUCGGAGAAGGAGAAGUUUGCGGGUGGUGAUUAUACGAUGACGGUUGAGGCGUAUGUUCCUGUAAAUGGUCGAUCAAUUCAGGGUGCGACAUCGCAUCAUUUGGGUCAAAACUUUUCGAGGAUGUUCGAUAUAUCGUUUGAAGAAGCCGAUAAAAGUGGUAAAGCUUAUGCGUGGCAGAACAGUUGGGGUAUUUCAACAAGAACGAUUGGUGCUGUUAUUAUGAUUCACGGAGACGAUAACGGACUCGUAUUGCCACCCAGAGUGGCGUGUAUCCAGAUGAUUGUAAUUCCGGUCGGAAUCACAGCGCAAACAAGUGAAGAUCAACGAAGUGUAGUGAUGGAGAAAACAAUGGAAAUAACCAACUUGCUCCUCGAUGCAGGUAUUCGUUGCGAAAACGAUUCCAGAGACAAUUAUUCACCCGGCUGGAAAUUCAAUCACUGGGAAUUGAAAGGUGUUCCAGUACGGGUCGAGGUGGGCCCUAAAGAUAUAGCCAAGAAUCAGGUGACCUGCGUUAUCCGUUUUUCUGGUGAGAAAAGAGCGAUGCCAGUUGAUGGUUUAGGAGAGGCAUCAAAAAAAAUGCUGGAUGAAAUACACGAUAGGAUGUAUAGAAGGGUUUUGGAGGAACGCGAUAAUCAUAGGAAAAUAUGUACAGAUUGGGAUGAAUUUAAAUCAUUAUUGGAUCGUAAAUUUGUCCUCAUGGUACCGUUUUGUGGACGAAUUGAAUGCGAAGACGCAAUCAAGAGGGACAGUACCCGUGAAGAAAUAACUGAAAUCGGUGCUUCUGCAAUGGGUGCCAAGUCAUUGUGCAUUCCUAUUGAACAGGUUCAUCUUUUUCUGGCAAGGAUGUCUGAUUUGGAUUCUGAUUAUGAUGAAAGGGCACAUGAGAAGUUACUGAAAAGCAUACAAACCGUCGGCGGUAAAUUCGGUACAAAACGAAAGAGGAUUGAUUUGAAGAAAAAUGUCAGAGAAGUGUCAGCGAAUGAACUUCUCAGUACGAUACACUCGACGAGUCUUAUUCAUGAUGGCGGUGAGGUGCGGCCGUCUGAAAAAAUCAGUGAAAUGAAUUCCAGAAAUUUGGAUGCAGUGAAAAAAGAUAUGCAGAAGAAAACGAAGAAAACAAAGAAGAAAAAAGGCGUAGAUGAUAAGAAAACAGAUGAAAUAAGUACGCUAGCAACUCCACUGCAUCGAGUUGCCAACGAACGAAUUCAAAGUAAAGUCGCCUAUUCAGAGACCAGGAGAGAUCUGGAUGUGUGGUCAUCAGUUGUUCAAGAGAAUCGCCUAGCCGACCAGAUAGUAUUUCCAAUCGAACAGAAGGAAUUCAUUGAUCAAAGUAGUGUGCAACAACUUGAAGAUUUGAAACCAAGAACAUCGCUGGAAAUAGAAAUGGCGAAAGUACUCGGCACAACCAAAAAUAACCUUCGUAACGAUGUAUCGUACACUGAAGCCGAAUUGGAACUGCUGAAAGCAAUGAGCCUAAAAGAGGCAAAAGCUAAAUGUGCUCAACUGCAAAAGAUGCGUGCGCUGGUGAGUUAUCGUGAUGCGAAGUUGAGACGUCAAGCAAAGAUUAAAAGCAAAACAUAUCAUCGGCAUUUGAAAAAGCAAAAACGUAAACAACUAAUCAAGGAAUUCGACGAAUUGCUCGUUAAAGAUCCUGAAUCAGCUAAGGAGAAACUGGCCGAAAUAGAACGUCAGCGUAUACUGGAAAGAGCAACGUUGAAGCAUCGUAAUGGAAGUAAACGGAUACAGAUGCUUGCCAGACAUGCAUCAAAGGAUACGAACGCAAAGCGUGCGUUAGAAGAGCAAAUUCGUUUAGGUAGAGAACUGGCUGGCAAGCACGCUUCGAAUGGCAUUGAUUCAGAUGAUACUGAUGAUGAAUCAGCUGGUAUUGCUGAUAGUGCUCUCACUCAACAGCAGAUACUGGAGAAGGUAGCGGAAAUCGCAUCUCGUGAAGAAACCCUGCAAACUUGCGAAUCCAAUCCGACGUUGAGGGAAUCGCUUCUCGAGCUGCGCCAGCAACAGAAACAGCUGAGUGAGAAGAGUGCUGAAAAUGCAAAAUAUGCUGUUCAGGAUUCGCAAAAUGCACACACUAAUCUCUCCAAAACUGAUCAAAAUGCCCAGAAAAACGAUGAGAAAAUUUGGGAAGAAGACAACACAUGGAAUGACGACGGUACGUUACGCGAUGAGAAUUGCGCUUCAGCAAAACAAAAGAAAUCGCAAACAGAGGAGAUGUUGAAUGCAUCACUGGACAAUGAAGACGCUAUCGAGAAAGAUCCUAAAGAAUUACCAGAGAAGGCGAAAUUACCGAGUAAAAAGAUGAGAAAGAAAACGAAAAAGAAACGAACUGCUGUCGAAAAAUCAGUGGAUGUGGAGCAACUUUUUGAUAGCACCGAAAAGCGUCUUAUUGAAUCGACUUCUGAGGAAGCAAAGCGAAUACGAUUAGCCGAAGAGAAUAAUCUUGAAGAUGAAAGGAACAGGUAUACGAUAGGAGAUGAUGAACUUGCGAAUGGGACUUCGAAUGUUGAUAGUGCAGGGAAUGUUGAAGCGAUGAUCGAACGAGUGAAAAGGCGGAAAGAAAAAGAAAAAGAAGGAGAAAAAGAAGUGGAUAUAUCGUUAGACCCGAAACAUUUUCUCAAAGCCGAAACAAAUGCAAUUGUUCAGUUAUCUGCUGAUCUUGUGGAUCGAGCUGAUGAAUUUGAUGCGGAAGCUGAACAAGAAGCAUUGGUGGCAGUCGCGUUCGAAGAUGAUGAUGUUGUGGGUGAUUUCGAGACUGAAAAGGCUCUUGUUGAGGAGCGCGAGAAACCGAAGGAUGUUGAUCUCAACCUGCAGGGUUGGGGCUCGUGGGCUGGUCCUGGAAUUAACCCGAAGAGGAGUGAACGAUUUAUACUCAAAGGAAAGGCGAUAAAACGUAAAGAUCGUGACCGCAGAGGUUUGAUUAUCUCAGAAGCGGUCGAUAGUUCCAUUGAUAAGGUGCAACCUCGUUCGGUGCCAUUCCCGUAUACAACGGUAGAAGACUAUGAGACCGUAGUACGACAACCCCUCGGUAAGGAAUGGAAUCCACAAAGAAUACAUCACAAACUUGUUAAGCCAACGAUUCUAACUCGGGCCGGAAGAAUUAUCAAACCGUUGGAUAAAGAAGAAACAUUAAAGGAGCAAGUGAAAGAGGUAUCGGAUGAAGAAAACUGA